AUGAUGUUCUCCUCAACAUUACUAGCGCUCAUCAGCGCAGCAACACUAUCGUCAGCACACACCGUCCUCACAUAUCCAGGAUGGAGAGGUGACAAUCUCAUCACCAACGACACAUUCCCAUUCGGCAUGCAAUGGAUGUAUCCAUGCGGUGGCUACCCAACGACAACAAACCGGACUUACUGGCCCACAACGGGCGGCGCCAUCGCCUUCCAGCCAGGCUGGUUCCAAGGCCACGCCACAGCCUUCCUCUACGUCAACAUGGGCUUCGGCACCGACGGCCCCGGCGGCGGGCCCCAGAACAUGAGCUUCCCUAUGGUGCCGCCCUUCCAGAUCCUCGGCCCCAGCAAGAACCCCUACCCGGGCACCGUCUGCCUGCCCCAGGUACCGCUGCCGAGUAACACGACCGUCAAGGCCGGCGACAAUGCUACUAUCCAGGUGGUCGAGCUCGCCGUGCACGGCGCGUCACUCUUCUCCUGCGUCGACAUCACCUUCGUCGAGCCCGGCGACGAGCGCCUCGGCGUCGUCAACGAGAGCAACUGUUUCAACAGCAACGACAUCGGCUUCGCCGACGUCUACACCAUCGUCACCCGCGAGGUCAACGCCGACCCCAACGUCACGUCCGACGCGUCCGAGACCCUCUUCUGGUACUUUGGCCGGCACGGCGGCCAGCGCGCCUCCGUCUGGAGCUACCUCAGCUUCGCGCCGGUCGCGCUGGGGCUGGCCUGGGCUCUUUUCUAA